AUGCCUCCCCUGGUCGCCUCUCUAGGAGACUCGUAUGCACUUUUAGAUAACUUGCUGUCUCAUUUAUUCAUUUCUGUUUCUGUAAUUAUAUUGCUCAGUGAAAUGAAUGCAACAUACAUCACUUUUGAUGGUCAUGUGGAGAUUGAAAAAUACAGAUAUGUUUACUUUAUUGUCAUGUUUACAAGUUAUAUUUUGAUCCUGUCCAGCAAUUCUAUAAUUGUUAGUCUGAUUGUGAUUUACAAGAACCUCCAUGAGCCUAUGUAUAUUUUUAUUGCUGCUUUGCUAAUGAACUCCAUGCUUUUCUGCACUGUGGUCUACCCAAAGCUUUUGAUAGACUUUCUAUCUGAAAAACAGAUUAUAAUUCAUCAGGCAUGUCUCUUCCAGAGUUUUUUAUUUUAUUCUUUAAGUGGUUCUGAAUUCUUGCUUUUGGCAGCCAUGUCUUACGACAGAUAUGUGUCCAUAUGUAAACCUCUGCAAUAUCCAACCAUUAUGAGAAAAACUAAAGUGAGUGUUUUCCUUUUCUUAGCUUGGCUUGUACCUGCUUGUCAUGUUGUUGUGCCUCUCAUUGGAUUUGCUAAUUUAAAACUCUGUAACUUUACAUUGAAUGGCAUUUUUUGCAAUAGUUCAUUGAAUUAUCUUUUCUGUGUGGCUUCAAGGGCACUACUGAUAUAUGGCUUAGUGGUUCUAGUCAACAUUAGUCUAAUUCCAAUUCUUUUCAUACUAUUCACAUACACAAUGAUAUUUAGAGUAGCCUAUAGAAGUUGUGGGGAAGUCAGGAAAAAAGCUGCACAGACAUGUUUACCUCAUCUGAUGGUUUUAAUCAACUAUUCCUGUUUGCUUAGUUAUGAUGUGAUUAUUGUUAGACUGGCCUCUGAUAUUUCAAAGACUGUACGUUUUGUAAUAACAAUGCAAAUAAUAAUGUAUAAUCCUCUUUUCAAUCCAAUUAUAUAUGGAUUGAAAAUGAAAGACAUUUCUAAACACCUUAGACAGUUGUUCUAUGGUGCUAGAGGAAAAUAA